UCUCAAAAGUAUGGAUAAGUUAAUAGGUCCUGUUUUCAAUCUAGAACUCAAUUAUAAAAUAGUUCCUGGACUAGUUACUUUAGGAAGAUACGACGGAGCACAUCCAUGUUUAACAGCUGCUACUACAACGGACAAGGUUUUGAUACACAGUCCACACAGAAGAAAUGCUUCUGUAACAGGAAGGAUCCUAUGGUCGGAAUCCAAUAGGGAGAUUGCAACCCUGAAUAUCAAUCAAACGAUAACGUGUCUUACCGUUGGAAUGUUGUUACCAGAUGAAGAAAAAGACGUUUUGAUAAUUGGAACUAGCUUGAAUAUACUUGUUUACCAUGUCCACGAUAACAAGGAUGUGUUCUACAAAGACUGCCCUGAUGGUGUGAAAUCCAUCGUCUUUGGUACAUUCAAAGACAGUAAAUCUAUUAUCAUGGUGGGAGGAAAUUCAUCAGUUCACGGAUACGAUCAUUUAGGAAAUGAAAUGUUCUGGACCGCAAUCGGAGAUAUUGUUACAUCAUUGACAUUAAUGGAUUACAAUAAGGAUAGCUUUAACGAGGUAAAUAUACCUUUGGAGCAAAUGUUUAUUCAUUAUAUCAAAAGAAUUCACUCAGUCAUAACUGACUUUUUGGUAACCUAA